GUUUUAAUUAAAUAAAUGAGCUGUAUUAAUACUAAUUACUUCAUUAAAUAUUUAAUUAGAAAUAAAUCCUUAAUUAAAAUCUCAAAUAGUUUCCGUUUUAAAACGAGUCAUUUACAAAGAAAAGGACAGCCUAGGAGCCACCACCAUCACUUUCUUCGUUGCUUUGAUUCUUCUUCGUCUUCUCCUCCGCCUUUGCACUGUGUGAAACCCUUUUAUCUAUUAUCUCGUCAGGAGCUACUUGCCGUGAACUGCGGUUGCUUCACCCUCCUCUGGCGGGACGCUCUUGCUGGCAACCUACUUGCGGCUUUUGAAAUUCUUCCUCGAUUAGCUGUCGGCGAGUAUUCGACAUUCGUGUUGCCUGUCACUGUCAAAACAGCGAUUGUAGCCGUUGAUCAAGGUACUUCAAUGGAGAAAUCGGCGGAUGUUCAGGAAAAUUACCUCAACGGGAAUCAAUUUGACUCUUUUUCUUCCUCCUCUGCUUCUCUUAGACACGUAAACUACAGCUGUGGCACUUGUGGAUAUGAGUUGAACUUAAGCUCCUCCAAUCGAAACACCUCAACUAUAGGCUCUAAAUAUGGAAAAUCCAUAAAACGAGGGAUAAUAUCAUUCUUUGACAUUGAUGAGAGCAGAUUUACUCAGGCUGAAGAAUUCCAAUGCGUUCCCCAUUUUUCAAAAAACUCCUGGGGUUUGUUUCGCCGGAGAACCAAACUUCUUUGUCGUAAAUGUGGUAAUAAUAUUGGAAUUGCUUAUGAAGAUGAAACCUCAGCUUAUCCACUCGUAUCAGAUGGUUCAGAUUCAUCCUCAGUUAAUGAAUCAAAAAGUCGAAAAUAUGAUGUUAAAAUCCGUGCAUUACAGCCUUCUUCUGUUGAUCGGUCUGGCAUUCCACUUUCUGCAUAAUGUUUUCCAGCAGUUUUUGAAUAAUUCAUAUUAACUGAAGUUGAAUUAUGUCUAUGACUAAAUAACUAUAGCGAAAGUCUCUUGUUAUAUAUUCGUGUAUACAUGUUUUGAGUCCUCUUUUCAUUUUUGUUUCUACAAUUACCCUCGUUUUUUAGAUGUUUAGUUGGUACUUGUACAGAGCCGAAUUGGAAAUGAACUAAAAAGAAAGCAAGUGUGCAGUCUGUGAUUUUAUUGUAUAAUAAUAGUGUGAUUCUGGAAUUUUUCUAAA